AGGAAGUGAUGCUGAUAUCAUUUGUGAGCAAAAAUAAAAAUGUAAUAGAGAGCAAGUGGCACAGUUACGUCGAAACAGAAAAGUUCAGUAUGGCAGAACAUCGAACAAGAAUUCCAAGCCCUAACAGGGUGCCACCGAGAGGCAAAAACUCUACGAGAUAAGUAUUUCAAUUUAAAGAAAAAAACAAAAAGCAAAUUUGCUACAAAGAAAAGCAAUAUAACCAAGACAGGGGGAGGUUCAUGCCAAUUACAAGCAUUCGAUCUGAUUGAUACACAAUUACAAGAAAUAAUGGGACCACAAUUAGAAAGUUUGACAAACAAUUAUGAUGAUGACUGUCGUGACCAAGAAGAGAUGGUUACUGAACAUGUUCAUGAUGCAAAUAACUGUGAUGGCAGUGAAGUGGUCUUCAAUAAUGGGAAAUGGAGCUCCUAUACUCCCCAACAACUGAAUGGAAGAAAAGUUGAAAUUUUUGAAACUACAAAAAGAAAAUUUUUUCGAAGAACACAAUAAAAAAAUGGAAAUAGAUCAAAAAAAAAAAAAGGUUCAACUGUUAGAUUUACAGAUCAAUGCUUUGGAUAAGUAGCAAAGGAUUUAUUUUGUUAAUUU